UGAAAAUUUCCCGGAUGCUCAAGACCUCCCCAUCAUAGCUAUCGGCGCGGCCUCACAACAGCCCUCUCGUCUCCUUUCAUGGUCUAUCACAGCACAUAGCAUUAAUUGGGGCUGUCCGAAUACCCGUUUGCAUUAAUUUCUCCCCUCUUUCCUUCGCCGUCCGCAUCACACUACCGCACACCAUGUCCCGAUCCGCCGCAGACGCAACCCGGUUCACGGCCACAGGGCCCUACGCCAGCUCAAAGCCGAGCACGGCUCCUUACAAACUCCCCGGAUUUCUAGCAAAUUCGGGCUCGAAAUCACAAAACAAUGGAUCUGGGGGGAACAGACAGGAAACACCCAAGGAGAAGGUUGAGCGUCUACGAGCACAGGCCCGGGCUGCCCGGAUAGCACAGUCGACUUCGCGCGUGGACACAUUAGUUGAUUUUGGGAGGCGAUUUGCGAAUAGGGCUCAUAAAGGGAUGGUUUACACGCUUAUUACCGCGUCCGGAAUAUGUGGUGUGCUCACUGUCUACUCCAUGGUCUCCCUGACGCUAUAUAACCGUCGCCAGCGCGCCCUCUGGAUUGAGAAGGAACUGCAAACACUCCACGAUGCACAGGCGGCAUUUGUGACCGGAACGGCAACAUCGGAACAAUUGGAGUUGUUGAAGAAGGAGAAGAUAGGCGAAAUCGUGAAGCAGAAGCGGGAAGCGGAGAAGGCUGAACGGCCAUGGAACAAGUUCAAGACCUACCUGCUUGGUGGGUUGAAGAAUGAUGAGGCCCCUUCAGCGGAGGCUACCGCGGUGAAAGUGGAAAGCAAUAAAUCUGGGGUUCUCGACACCCUCAGUAAGGCCGAACAUCAACUAGGUCCAGCCAGUUCCUCCGCUCCUUCGGGCCCGGGACAGCUGGAUGCUCUUGCUGAAAACGCAGAAGCAGCUGCCAAGCAGACAACGCGAAGCUGGAAGAGCUGGUUCACUGGUCGGUGAAUCGAGUGACGGCAAAAAAUGGCAAAAAAAUGAUAACUGAACAUUUGAGAUAUAGAUGGUGCAUAGGGCGUCCCACUUCUGAGUUGCUCCCAGGCACCCCGGUUCCCAGUUCCUUCACGAACAAGGUUUGUCUGUCAUGGACUAGCCACUCUUUUUGCAUCGCGGCAGGUGUCAUUAUCUUCCAUCUCCGUUGUAGUUUACCAACUCGGUUUGCGGCGUCCUCUGGUGUCUCUUUUUGAAAUAUUCGAGCCUAUGUAUUUAAUACUGGGUACCUUUUACGUGAUGUAAAUAUACAGUCUCCUCAUCUUGGUUAGAAAUUGUUCUUCAACAACGAAAAAUGGAAAUCAACUCUCUUCCAAACACGUGCA